GUCUCACGACACAACCGACGAUAUUAUUAUUGUGCGCAAACCCUCGUCGUUGAUAACCGACGCGACGGUUGAUAACCCCGUGGUUAAUAGCCAAUUCGCCCGCGAAUUUUCGGCAUAUACGGUCAUCGCGAGUACGGAGUUAAUUCGAGAAGAAGAGUACCACGUCGCCGAGCGUUGUCACCGUAGCUGCCGCUCACGCGCGGCGAACCAAAAGUAUCCGCGUCGCGAGUUUCACGUCUCGUCGAGGAUUCUCGCUGGCGAGGUGGCGAAGUGCAUUCACCUCGCCCUUGCCGCUCUCUUCGCCUUCCGCUCGACAAGGGCAACGUUAAGUGAGACCACCAUCGUAGGCUCAUCACGAUAUCUUGGAUAUGAGACGUAGAAAUAGUGAAAAGCAAGUAGAGAUACACUUGCAGAGUGGAUGUCCACGGAAGAAAUGCAAAGGAGAAUGAUAAACAUUAUGAUGCGUUGCAUUGUCACGCAUGAAUAGUUAUCAUAGUUCAUAUCACAUUGCUAUUGAGAAGCAGCUCGAAGAUAUUUGGAGAACCAACAUCUUUGGGACAACAUCGCAUUUUACAUAUUUUAUGUAUAGCAAUAGAGAUAAUUUUUAAAAGGAUAGCAGUGUAUAAGGAUAUACAAAAAUAAUUUUUUUAACAAAGAGUAAAUUUCAUUAUUUUUAAUAAUUACAAAUCAACGUGUGAGAAUUCUAUGUGCCCAAUAAGAAGAUAAACUAUAUCGUCGAUUACAGAAAGAUCAGCUUUCCUAAAUAAUGCUCAAAUAGCUGCGAGUAAUCUGAGAUCGCACAUAAAAUAAAUGCCUUCCUUGAUUGCUAUGAAGCGAUAAAAGAAAAAGUGCUUUGAAUCUCUGAAGAGAAUGCAUAAAGGCCAAAAGAGAUUAUGUUUUGUGGUUGUAGUGUUGCACAAAGUCAUUCGUGUUUGCUACAUACAAUGUAUGACUAACAAGCAAAUGAACUUGCAUAUGUUUUUCUAUGAAGACGACGAUCUGCUGAUGUGAUUAUUCCUUCAUAAACAUCCACUGAUACAUCUUUGAAGAUCGGAAACAGCACAUUGGUGUCGUCUUAUGCGACUCCAGAAUCCAGCGGAAGACUUUGUGCCUGAUACAAAAGAUACGAUUGACGAAGCCCUAAUGCUGAAAGGAAGCUUGUCACCGUACCUUGACACUCACAAUGAAGAAGAGUCGUCUUAUGUAACACUCAGCAAUGGGCCAUAUGCAUAUGCAGCCGAUUCCACAAGCGCAGAACACAACUCCUACAAUCACAUCCUCGUAGAUGUGUAUUUUGUAACACCUAUCCUCUGCAAGCACUGUGAAGAUUAUAUCUGGGGAACUGGCAAAGUGGGAACCAAAUGCAAAGGUAAGACGUUCUAUUACAAUCAUUAGAUGUAAUUAAAUAUAAUAAUUGAAAUUUUGUGUGUUUUUUAUUUGUGUCAGACAUAUUUUUGUAUAUGAUGUAAAGUGCAUCUUUUUGACCCGCUCAGCGGUAUUAUCAGCAUAAUAAGUUCAAAGAUUCUUUCCGAAAAUAGCCUCCUCAGAAAAUAUAAGAUAUGUGUGCUCUCGAUUUUUUUUCUUUUUUAAUUAAAAAGGAAUCUUAAUUUUACUAUCUUACGUUCACGUAUAGAUUUGUAUAGGCAAUUAAAUGUUGCAUUGUAAACAAAUGCAUAUGACGUUCAAUCUAUAUUGUUUAAUUUUAGAAAAACUAAAUGUGAAAUAUUUUCAUAUCAAUCUUCGGGAAAUACAAUUUAUUAUGGAGAAAUGCGAACGUUGUUGUGCUCAAUAAUAGAGAAAAUGUUUCCCGUUAUAUAUGUUGUGCACGAUUUAAAUACAUUGACGCGCAUGACGUCAAAUGACAAUAGUCACCACGUGCGAUGAAGUUAUUCCGAGCAUCCGCUAGAUCGCAGCAAUACCCUCGUCGCGGAAUCCGCACGUGUAGAUCAAGUGUGGAUUUCGCGUGGAUCCACCAUCGAGGGCGGCACCGUAGCAUAGUAACACGCCGGCGAGUCGCGCCGAUCUUCAAGAGCGGUAUCGCGUCCCCCAGGUCCCCCUUCACCUUCGCUAUCGCGUGUUCUCGCCGCGCCGGUUUCUUUCCCGAAACUCCGCGGCCCUCUCCGGUCCCUCCGAUCCUCCUCCUCUCGACAUCGUACGAGCUCAGGGCCGUGCCUAAUUAAAGUGCAAGUUUCCGAUUCAAUCGCAGGUAUCAUUUUGUCUUUUUUCAAUACGGCUCUAUUCUUUUCUCUCAUGUACAUCUCUCAUAUAUUACCAUUGUCAUAUCGCUAUUAAUUAUAUUUCAAUCAUAAUCGAAACGUAUAAUAAAAUGAUGAUAUGGUUUAACAUGGCAUAACUGUAAUAUA